UAUGGCAGAAUAUGCACGUUUAUUUAUGAAUGUAAACUCGGAACAUUUGUCAAAUUAAGUUAUUACAGUACAAUUGUGUAGUUGACUUCAAGACAAAAAAAAUAAAGCCCGGUUUAUUUUGAAGGGACAAUAUGGCCGUUUCCGGUCGCGACUCGUGCUAACGCCGGUUAGCUUGACAGCGCUGCCGUGACCUUGCUCAGACAUUUUUUCAACCACAAACCGAGCGCCGUUGACUAAUUAACAGCACCGGGACGGCGCGGCGGCGGACCGGGCCCGUGACUCCCUCGACGUGGCGGAGUUCCUAUCACUGUUUAGCGACUUUUCGCCGCGUUUCGGGUACUUUUCGUGCAGCGUCCGCGGUGACGCGCAGCGGCAGCAGCAUCGACGUGACGCCUGUUGCAUCCUUCCCCCCUCCCUCUCCUCACCUCACCCUCCUCCCCCUCCUCCUCCUCUCUUUUCUCUCUUUCGACAUCAUCUUUUCGACGCGUUAACUUCCAUUUUACACGUUAACUCACUUUAAACUGCACUUUAAACUCUUCCCGCGGUUCAAACGUCGACUCCGUUAACUUUUUCCUCGCGCGGCGGCUAGCUUUAGCCGUUAGCUCCUCCGCCGUGAGUGUGUGCGUGUAUUUUCCGUGUUGCUAACAGGAGGAGGAGGAGGAGGAUGCUCCUCUCUCUUCUGCGCGGAGCUUCACUCCUCUGAAGCGGGUUCACGGUGUCACUGAAGCCCGUCAAUGAUUGACGGACAGGCCCGCGGCUGGAGCAGGAGCUGGAGCCGCGGCAGGGGCUGGAGCCGGGGCCGGGACUGGACUUGUCACUGUGCCGGAGAAGAGCUGCUCUGCUCGGCUGUUUCUCCUCCGACUCUCCGCUGAAAUUGUGUGAGCAGUGGUUGCAGACACACACACAACAAACCCCGCCCCCUCCCAUACUGUCCCGCCCCGAGACACGAGCGAACGUUGCUUUACGAAAAAGGACGGCAGUCAUGGAAAACUCCACAGAGGAGGAGCUGCAAGAAGGGGGAGGAGCCAACACUGUGAUAAAUGAGGAGGAGACGGACGAGGAAAUGCACAAUAACCUCAAAGGAGCGAUGAACGGUGUGAAGGAGGCGCCGGAGGGUGGAGGAGAGAAGCUACAGAACGGAGACCGAGGAGGAGGAGGCAGCGACCUGUCCUCCAUCAACGCCAUGAUGUCCACGGUCAUGAUGGCGGCAGAGAGCAUCAACGGCGGCGCGGACGGAGACGGAGGCAGCACCGUCACCUCGGCCAACUCGUCGGCCGGGCCGUCGCCAAGCCCCUCCCCCAGCAAGUCACUCCCUUCAGCCAUGAGAGCUCCGCCCAGUCGCAACCCACGAAGGACGCAGGAAACCACCAAAGAGGAGACUGGAGGACUUAUUUGUCCACUUUGUGAUAAGAGCUGUCAAAGUCAGCACCAGCUCACCAUGCACAUCAGACAGCACAAUGCUGACGUCGGAGCCACAGAUCAUUCCUGCAGCAUCUGUGGAAAAUGUCUGAGCUCAGCGUCUUCACUGGACAGACACAUGCUCGUCCACAGCGGAGAGAGGCCGUACAAAUGUCUCAUCUGUGGACAGACGUUCACCACCAACGGCAACAUGCACAGACACAUGAAGAUCCACGACAAAGACCCGGCCACAGGAAUGCUCCCCAUCUGCCCGCCCACCAUCGCCAAACGCCGGCGUCCGUCUGUGAAGCGGCGUCUGGGACCUGAGGAGGAGAAUGGCGAGGAGCCGCCCACCAAGAAGGUGGUGGAGGACGCGACGGCGGCGGGGGAGGAGUCGAUGACGUCAGCGGUGACAUCGUCAGCCCGAGGCUCGGAAGAGGAGCUUCUCCCCUGUCCAAUCUGCUUCAAGACCUGCGGCUCCAGACUGGAGCUGGACGCCCACAUGGACACACACCCGGACACGGCGCUGAGGUGCGAUUUCUGCUGCCUUUCUUUUCGGACUCACCGCGGUUUGCUGCGUCACAACGCAGCUGUUCAUAAGCUCCUCCCACAGGACCCCAGCGGCCGCCCCUUCAUCCAAAACAACCCCUCCAUCCCCGCCGGCUUUAACGACCUGGCCUUCAUUGACUUCUCCUGCAAGAAGUUUGCUCACAUCGCACAGGUCUGGUGCGAGACGAACCUCCGACGCUGUAUCAGUAAGUUCCACCGCUUUGUCUGUGACAGCUGCGACAAAGCGUUUCCUCUCCGCUCCGCCCUCGACCUCCACAAAACCACCUCACACGUUGACACGGAGGAAGACAUGGAGGGCGCAAGAGAGGACGGCACUGCGGAAGACGCGGCCGAGGACGCCGGUCUGGUCGGAGAGCAGGAAGCCCCGCCCCCGGAACAGGCCGGCUUCCUGAAAGCUCUUGGGCUUCAGCAUGUUUCUACGGUAAAGUCUGGUCCCACGGACGAUGAGAUCCAUCAGGCUCAUCUCGACAGCAUCAAGGUGAUCCACGUGGAGCCGCCAUGCUCCAGCCUUCCUCUGGAGCCGGCCUCCUCCUACCUGUCCGGAGGCCUCGGCCUGACCCUGGGGCUGGGUGUCGGCAGUCUGGCAGCUCUCAGCAUUCCACUGCUGGAGGCCUCGGCCUUGCAGGGCCUGACCCAGAAAGAUGCACUGAGCCUGCUGUCCAUGCAGCCCUUUCAGACCGGCUUCCUCCUGCAACCAGAUGGCGGCGCCGCAACGGCCAGCUCUGCAUCUUCGGGUGCCAAACCCAGUGAGGCAGGUGGAGCAGGGAUCAUGGAGUUGGCUGACAUCCAGCAGAUCCUCAAGGUGGCGACGACGGCGCCAAAUCAGAUGGGACUGACGCCACCGUCUCUGGCCAAAGCUCCUGGAAUCACAGGAGGUCAAGGUCAAGUCCAGGCUCAGAAGGCUCCACUGAAGCCCAAACCUCCCAUCACACCUCGCUCCAGCCUCACAGCGACGACUCCUCCCCCCCUCCAGAGCUCCCAGCAGGCUUCACUGGGCUGCAUCAGCCCCAGCCUGCCCCCUCCCACCCCCACACUCUUCAAAACACUGCCCUCGUCCUCGGCUGGGACCGGAGGGCAGAUAGAUCCAGAGUGCAUGGGCGACGCUCACACACCGCUGUCUGAUUCGCCGCCAGCUGCCUCCACAGCUGUACAAGAGGAGGCGGGGCUUAGUGGCAGAAAACCAGGAACCAAAGGGGGGAGCAACACAAACACAGGUUCGGCUAAAGGCUCGUACCCGUGCCGCUUCUGCGACCAGGUGUUUGCCUUCUCUGGCGUCCUGCAGGCUCACAUGCGCUUCCACCUCGGCAUCGCCCCACACAAGUGCAACAUCUGCGAUUACCUGGCACCGGACAAAGCGACACUAAUCAGACACUUGCGGACGCACAGCGGUGAGCGGCCAUACGUCUGCCGGGUCUGCCAUUAUCCUUUUACCGUCAAGGCCAACUGUGAGCGCCACCUCAGGAAGAAGCAUGCUAAGACCUCGAGGAAGGACAUUGAAAAGAACAUCAAGUACGUAACCUCCACCACUGCUGCAAACAUCGCAGCACCAAUCACCACACCCACCCAGGACAUUGAGAUGGGAUGCGCCGAGACAACGUGCAGGUUUUGUGGUGAGGACCUGAAGACCUACCGCGCGUUGCAGAUCCAUCUGCGCACGAAUAACGGUUGCCAGAGGAAGCCGUUUGAGUGCCGCCGCUGCGGAGCAGCCUUCCUGGCUAAACGCAACUGCAUCCACCACCUCCUGAAGCAGCACCCCGAGGUGCAGGAGAGGGAGAUUGAGGAACAUAUCGCCACGCUUCAGCCGGCCACCGUACCCUCCGCCACUGUUGCCUCUGCCAGAGCUGCUCCGCUGAAUCCGAUGGCACUGAACGGGAUCAGUCCGUCUCCGAUCCAGGCGCUGCAAGCUGUGAAGGUGGAGGAACUUGCUAAUGUGGUUUAUCCUACAGAACUGGACCAACCACUGGAUUUUUCUGCUAAAGGUCGUGGAGCUGUGAGCCAGGUGGGUUCUUCAGGAGUGAAACUGGAGAGCAUCUCCCCCACCUUCGACGGCUCUGCCGCGGAUCAGCCCAUCGAUCUGUCCAUCCCCGCCAAGAGGCUGCGGAGAGAGUCUGCAAAUGAAGAAAAGAGGGAGAUCAAGACGGAGCAGAGCGGCGGCAGCAUCGUUGAGCAGCAGCUGCACGCUCUUGCUCUGACCAAGGAUGAGAAGGCGGGGAGCGCUCUACACCCUCACCCUCAGCUCGGGUGCUACCAGCUCCCACCAGGAUCCAACCCUUCACCUGCCUCUCUCCCCAAUAUUACUCGAGCUCAGCGCCUUAAACCACUUCUGCCCAAACCGGCCUCCUCUUCCACCUCCUCACCGUCCCCUGCCCUAAAAGACCUCCCUCCUCUGGCCUCCAUCGCUCAGAUCAUCCACUCUGUCUCAGGAGCUCAAGAUCUGCUGAAGAGAGAGGCUGCCGCCCUGGACUGUAAACCCCAGGCAGUUGUUGCUUCCCCUCAGUCUGAUUCAGCUGCAGACUCCUCAGGACCCUCUGCCGGUCUGAACACACCGAGCGAUGACACAUCUGAGGGAUUGUCCAGAAAACGGCCCAGGAAAAAACUGGCUGCCCUGGCUAUGAGGGAGAAGGCGGCUGCAAGUGGAAGCAGCAUCGACCUUGAGUCCAGCGGGGAGUUUGCCAGCGUGGAAAAGAUGCUCGCCACCACCGACACCAACAAGUUCAGCACCUACCUCCAGACCGGCGCAGCAGAUCUGGGUGGAAAGAGAGAUGACGACAGAACUGGAGGAAGCGAGGAAAAGGAGGGAAGAGUCAAGGAGGAGGUGAAGCCAGCGGCAGUUUCUCAACCCAAAGGGAAGAAAAACGCCUACUCCAACUCUGUCCAGAAGAUGACCUGCCCGUUCUGCCCGCGAGUGUUUCCCUGGGCCAGUUCCCUGCAGAGACACAUGCUAACACACACCGGUCAGAAACCGUUUCCCUGUCCCAAAUGUGAUGCCUUCUUCUCCACCAAAUCCAACUGUGAGCGCCACCUGUUGAGGAAGCACGGCGUGACCCACAGGAUUCUGAGACGCAACGGUGCCCUUGCGAAGAAGGACGGAGAAGAAGGCUCACCCGAGAGUGCAGAGAGUCAGUCAGAGACGGAACAGGUUGCACCGGAUGUGCGAGACCUCAGAAGCACCGCCCCCUCCUCAGACUCAGACCCCGCCCCCAUGGCAGAGAACUCCGCCCCUGACCAAGAGGCUGAGUCAGCACCAACAAGCCCCACCCCCAGUGAAAGCCACGGCUGCAGUCCUGCUCACGAUGUUGCCGAGCACCCAGAGACAGAAACAUCAGAGCAGCUGGAGCAGCAGGGGGCGCCAGAGACCAGAGCUCAGAGGAAACGGCUUCCACCGAGUAACAGCAGCAGCAGCAGCAGCAGCAGCAGCAAGGUGGACGUCACAGACGACGACGACUGUCACAGUAACAAAAGUCUGGACCUGAACUUUGGAAAAAAACUCAUCGACUUCAAACUCUCUACAACGUCAGGCUCCGCCCACGAAGAACAAAGCUCUGUUCCCUCCUCCUCGUCCUCCUCCUCCUCUGCUCCUGCACUACUGACAGAGAGUCCAGAGAAGGAGGAGCAGAAUGUUGGCUCCGCCUCCUCCUCCGUCAGUCCUGCAGUGAAGCAGCAGCCCGACUAUAAACACGUGUGUCGAGUCUGUAACAAGAGCUUCCGUUACGCAACCACCCUCGCUCGCCACGAGAGGGCGCACCUCUCUGAGGAGACGCCGACGACUCCAGCACCAGUGGAGGAUACGCCGACGACGUCAGUGAGAGAGGAGGUGACAGAGAACAACUCCAAACCAGCCGAGGAGUUGAAGGAGGAGGAGAAGGAGGAGGAGGAGGAGGAGGAGGAGCAGCAGAAGGAGACGGAAAUGGAAGUGGAGGAGGAAAGAGUGAAGGGAGGAGAGAGCGAGGCGGGGGAGAGCGGUGAGUCAGAGGAGGAGAAGGAGGAGGAGGAGGAGAGGAGCGAUGAAGAGGAGGCGACAGAACCAAAGAGUGUGGAGGAGGGAGAGAAGAAAGGAGGACGAGUGGACAAGAGGAAGAAGAUCUGUGGCAUCUGCAACAAACGAUUCUGGUCUCUGCAGGACCUGACCCGACACACCCGGUCCCACACAGGCGAGCGUCCGUACCAGUGUCAGACGUGCGAGCGGACGUUCACACUGAAGCACAGCCUGGUUCGCCAUCAGCGAGUUCACCGGAAGCCGCAUGGUGCCGGCGAUGACGCCGCCAGCGAGGAUGGCGACUCAUGCACGCAGACUCCGCCCUCCACUUGUCCGCCGUCGGAGAAUGAGAGCGAGUGUGGCGGCAGCGGUGGAGCCAAGGAGCUGGAGGACGAGGACGCCGGGGAGGAGGAGGGGGGCGUCAGUGGCGUCAGCAAGCUGGAGGACAACACGGCAGAGGAGGAGUCACAUCGGCCAAACCCUGUCUCCUCGGAUGAUCCGCAGUCGGCGGAGAAACCUGAACUUCAAACGCUGGCCGACAAAGCUACUGACACAAAGACAACUACUAUUAAUGACGAUUCCAAAGACCCCGCCCCCUCCAGCCCUUCCCCUUCCUCCACCACCACAGCGCCCUCUGCUGACGGCUUCAUCCAGGAGCUGCUGGAGAUCCACGCCAAGCCGACGUUAGAGCACAUCCUCCCCAACGGAGAGCGUCCUCUGGUGGGCGUAGACUGAGAAUCACCACAGUGCCAUACGGUGGAAAAAUGCUGUGUCAUCACAGAUGAUGAUGACGAUGCUAAAAAAAACCAGCCCAGAUGUUUUUUCUUCUUUUUUUGACAGAAAGACGAAAACCUCGUUUUCUUGAAGUGCCUUAAACUACUAGUCCAACUUGUCCGAUGUUUUUUUUUUUUUUGCUACAUCUUUAUCUGCAUUAUUCGGAGGAUGUAUCUCAUUUUUAUAGCUUUUUACGAUGACAAUGAUUUGCAUUAUUGCUAUUUUUGUGCGGGGGAAAUCUAUUAUAUUUCAGCAAUAAAAAAAAGAAUAAAAUUACAAUUUAUUAUUGUUCUAGAUUUUUUUUGAAGGCGCAGAGACGUUUUUUGUAUUUAAAUCACAGCUGGACGACGGCGACACAUCACAGACGCUAACAAAAAACCAUGACCUUUGACCCUGUAGCCGCUUCUUCACUUCACCAGCUGCAGUAGUCUGGAAUCACCAGCAGGCGGCAGGUGGUCAUCUGGAAAAGAAAAGGUUUCGUAACUGGAAAACAAAACAAAAACACUUCGGUUUCACGUUCGCACACCGACUCACGUGGGAAAACACUCAUGAACUUUUGACUGUUGAGUGGGCGUGGCUUCUCCGCGAUCACUUGUGUGUUUCUACGACAUUUUUUCUAAAUCAAUCACACGAUCGAUCGUUGAUGCCGUGAGUCGAUGAGUGUGUGAAUGAUAUCUCGCUUGAUUCCAUGUGUGUCUACAGAGAUGAACGUGUGAACGAGUAUUUUAGGUUGUGUUUUUUUUUGUGUGUUUUUGCGAUUAUCGCUAUGUCGGGUGUCGGGAUGGGAAUUUUUUUGUUUUUAUAACUGAACAAUUCACAUGUUUGUUUUUGUUUGUACGUGAGUGAAAGUGUGUGACUCCCACCUGUGUCUCACCGUCGCCCCCUGGUUUUCGUGUUCAGCCUCUGACGAAUGCUAAUGUUUUCUUGUUGCUAAACCUGACGUGGUUUCAGUUUACCUCAAUCUCCGCUUUUUUUAAGAACUGCGAACAUUAAAGGAGCGGAGGCGCAGCCUAGUCGCUGCCCCUUUAAAUCUUGUGUCUUCCUCAUCAAGCUAGCGGGGCUAAUUCUUUGCUAGCCUGUUGCGCUCACUGUAGGCUAAGUCAGGGCGAGCUGUGGCCCCCGGGCUUUGCUAGCUAACGCUAAUGGCUAAGUUUGUUACUGGAUUUACUUGCACAAUUGUUUUAACAGACGUAGCUGAGGCUAACAUAAGAAUAACAAAAGCUAAUUCAUAGCAUCACUACUCCCCAUAAGAGGGUUACAAAAGCUAGCUAGCCAGCUGUAAUAAAACUUAGGAUGGGCUAGGUUGACAUUAGCCACAGGGUCAAACAUGCUAACCAGGGCUAAUUAGCUGUGUUCUUCCCAUUAGCUCAACACCAGCUCUGCUAAAUUAGCUUAAUUAACCAGCUGGGUAGCUAGUACUAGCUAUUAGCCUGAGUAAACAAAAAAAAGGCUAUCAACCCAGACAAGCUAUUCAAGCGAAUGCUGUUUCAAUCACGGCUAACAGCCGGACUAGCUUAGCUCUUUACAGUAUUAGCAUAUUAGCACAGAGUUAGCCCUGUAGCACAGUUUGACCUUGUUUAACCCGCGUUUUUCUAUGACAUUAAAGUGUUUGUCCAAAUUAAUACGACUUAAAGUAAAAAUGUCAGUGUUACGAACUUUGACAUUAAAGACAAUCAGGUGAAAAUUUGAAAAUAAAACAUAUUGAAAAUCGCAAAUUUAACGCUUGUUCAGUAUCAGUGCGAUUUCUCAGAAGAGGUAGAAGACGAUGUGAAUGGAUGAACGAACGAAUGAAUGAUGGAUGGAUGACUGUGACACGAUUGCGUGUUCCACAAACAAAGGGCUAACUCCUCCCACUGCUUCACGCUAACCGCACAUCGUGUGCAUGUGGACUCUGUCGUUUUUUUUCUUCAUUUUUAUAUCAAUUAAAAAACCUCAUCAGCAAAACGACGUGAACCUCAGCCACUCAUAACGAGCUGUAAAGCAACGACGUUUGCACACAUUAGAAAAAAGUUUGACAGUUACCACCGUCACUGUCACAAGAAACUUUUUAUUCAGUUCCCGAGACGUGAAAAAGUGUUUUUCUCUCUGAAUCUUCUCAGGAUAAAUUUAUCAGUAUCUGUAUCAAACGGUGCCUUCACUUACGUCGGUAACAUUCUCCGGUCCGUGGCGAGAAAUAUCAUAAAAUUUAAAGUUUGCACUUUUUCAUAUAAAAUAGAAUCGCACUCUGCCACAAAAAAAAACAACAAACUAGCAACUGACCUAAUAAAUGAAAAACUGCGUCGUCCAUUUUAGUACCUGUGACAGCGUCGUAAAAAAGGUGCAUUAAGUGAUUUUCCACUCUUUUUGUGCGUUAAUAAACACCACCAGCGAUGGCUAAAUAUAUGAAUCCAAGUUGAGAUAUUUCGGUGACUGAAAACACAAUCUGUGAAUUGUUAAACCUCGCUAUGUACGUAUAAUUUCAUUAGCAUGGCGUCCAAUGUCACAACAGCGAACUCGGGACGAAAAAAACGAUUAAUGUGAAAGUUUUUCUGAUUUGGAAGAUUGCAUGAAUUUUACGGAAAAUCUGUUUACGAAAUUUACAAAUGUUAAUGUUAGCGCCUGUCAAUCAACGAUGGAUACAACUUACAAUUUAAUAAUUAAUGAUUUUGGCCGGGGGGGGGUUCUUCGUGUCUCUGAAGUAUUGUAAGUUUUUUUGGUUUCCUCUCUCUCCGUGUGAGUGUGCCCCCUGUCUUUCGGGAGUUUGCGUUCGUGUUCGUCUGAUCGCGUUUUGUGCGUGUGAACGUGGAAAUACUGGACUCACGUGGACUGUUUUUAAAUGUAUUUAUGUGUGUGUGUGUGUGUGUGUGUAUGUUAGUUUCUACAGUGACUUGAGAAAAAAAGCCAUGUUUUAUUAAAAAAAUCGUAGCUGCAGAAUUCUUUUUCUUUUUUUGAGUCGCGAACUUAGCAAUAAAAAAUCCCUCAGAAUCCAAAAAAGCUUUACGUAGUUUUUUUUUGUUUUUGUUUAUUCCUGUAAAUGAGUCGAGAACAGGUUUCUAAUGUUUAUUUUUUAGUUUGGCUGAAAUUGUGAACUUUGUUGUGCUUCAUUUUUAUUUGUUUUUUUGGGUGUUUUUUUUUCUCAUAUAAUUCAUAUAAAACUGUGAAAAUUCAUCGCGUUCAGUUAAAGGGUGAGUUUUAGGUUAGUUUAUUGGUUUUUUUGUUGCAUGUUAAUCUAAUUUGUUCAGUUACAGAUGAUUUUUCUCACACACACAUAUAUCAGAAUUUAUAUAUAUGUUUAAUUAUAUAUAAUCUCGCUCUCAGGGUUCUUUUUUCACAAAUCAAUUAUCAGAAAAAAACAUGUUUUUUUGUUGUUUUUUUCCUGAGUUGCAGUUUCCUGAUUAUUAUUAUAAUAAUUAUUAUUAUUAUUACGAUUUUUUUUUUCGUAGCUCAUGAUCCAGAACUGUCAAUCACUACAUUUAGCACUUGACUGUGAACGCAUCGUCAAAACCAAAACUAACAAAAAUAUUAUUUCUAUUCAGUCUUUGUUUUUCCUGGGUUUGAACUUUUCUGUCAGAUUUAAAAUUCAAACGUAAACACUCACUCACUCACUCAUUCAUUCACACUGUGGCCGUGAAAGCAUUAACACUCAGUUGAAGUCUUUCAGUGUUUCACAAAGUCAAGACAUAUAAAACAAAAAAGGAUCUGUUCUGUAUCGACUCACUAAGAAACCGCAAUAAAGAUUAUAUUAAACAAUGA